GCUUAAAAUUUCUCUGAACUAUGCAACUCCUCCCUCCACCUUGUCAUCAACAUAAAAAGGGAUGGACAACUGCUAUCUAUGAUAGAACUGGCGGACGUAUCAUAUCAGCUGGUGUAGAUGGAAAAGUCAAGGUCUUGGACAGUGUGGAUGACUCCUGUCCCAUGGAACACGUUAUUGGUGAGAAGAUAAAUGCUCUUGUUGUGAGGGAAGAAACGAUUAUUUUGGCCACCGAGGGUACUUAUGUACACAUCAUACAUCUGGAGGAUGGUCUCCCUGAAGGCCUAGCAACCCGAUUCACAGCUGAGGUUAUGCAUGUUGCCGUAAACAAGGACGGAUCCAGGCUUGCCACUUGCAGCAGCGAUUUUUUAAUUAAGGUUGUAAACUUCCCUUCUUCUGAAGACAGAGAAUUCGUUCUCGAAGGUCAUACUGGAGGAGUGCUAAGCGUCGCCUUUGAUCCCUUGGAUAUUUUUCUCGCAUCUUCCUCUUGCGAUGGAACUGUUCGUAUUUGGCGACUUGAUCAACGACGCGAAGUCAAAGUUAUUCGCUGUUUGUCCUCCUGCAAUGACCCAGCUCUCGCAUUAAGCUUUUGCCGAUUGUGCUGGCAGUUGCCUAGUGGAAAGUUCUUAGCAGUUCCCGUUGACAGGCAGGUGUGCCUUUACGAACGGGAUACUUGGGAAGUCCUGUGUUACCUUUCUUGCCCGUCAUUUACGGAACCCAUUACAUCAUGCGUCUCAUCGUUCGACGGUGCUCUAUUGGUUGCCGGAUCGGACGGAGGAUGGAUUGUGGUUUGGCGCAUUGCAGACAGGCAUGCACUUCACAGAGUACGUGAUCCGUCUGAGAGUAUCAUAUGCAGUCUAGCUUGGCAUCCACAACAGGAGCACACCGUGUUGUAUGCGAACGGCAAUGGAUCCCUUGGACUGGUACGAAUUCCUGAGAGACAGCCUGCUCUUGAUGGCGGCCUUUCACCGGAUUCAAUGAAAGCUUUGAUGGGUUGCGAUGAGGACGGAGACAUGGAUCAGCUGCUUCGGGCCGCUGCAGCACAGGCAGAGUCUAGUCGUCUUGUAGACGAAGAGGAAGCACAGAGGCUACUAGAUCUUCCGGGUGACGAUGAUGAUGUUGACUCGAUCGAUUUAUCACGUAUAAAAUCUGGUUACCUGGUUAUGGACGAUGUUGACGACGGCGAGUCGCAACCACUAGGUGAUGUGUUGGAGACGGAACCGAAGCCGCUGGAUGCUAUUCAUUCCGUUCCGAAUGCAACAGGACCGCCUCAACCCAGCUCAAUAUACUCGCAGCGUAUUCAGAAGUCCUUCCAACCGGGUUCCAUGCCUCAAGGUGAAUACUUUUCUUCGACUACAUCAUCACCACCACUUCACUUUAACGAAUCAAACUCCUCAAUUCACACAAUUAUCCGGUUCUUAUUACGUAUUUCCUCUUGCAUCUUCGAGUUCCUGAGGCUAACCCCGAAUCGGAUCGGUGGUCACCACUGCUGUCCUCUGAUGAACUCGCUUUAA